UAUGGUUGUUUAUAUAUCAUUUCGAUUUUUAUUUACUGUAAAGAUAAAUAAAUUUUCCUUAUUCAGUAUUGCUGUUUAUAGAUAUAUUAAUAGUUCUAAUAAUGAAGGAAACAAAAAUGAGCACACACCUCUCUGGAGGGCGCUUGAAUGUUGCAUUAGUUCAAGAGACCAUGAGAAAAGAGUUAUUGAAUCUCCUACAACUUUGUGAAGGCCCCAAAGUUACAAUUUGGGAUGAAUGGCUGGCGGGACCAGUUGGUUUGGUGGCCCAAUACUCACUUCUUCAAGAACAUGAAGUUGUAGACAUGUUUCCACUUCGGCCUGGAAGUCUCCCAACAAUAUCAGUCAAGCAUAUUGUUUUUAUUGCCCGCCCCAAACUGGUGCUAAUGGAUUUGGUUGCUGAUUAUAUUCAGUCACUCAGAUCUAAGCAAAGCACACCAGUGGAAUUCCAUCUCUUCUUUGUACCCCGUAAGAGUGAACUAUGUGAGAAGCAUCUCAUGAACCGUAGAGUGUUUGUCAAUCUUUCCAUCCAGGAAUUCAAAUGUGACAUCUAUCCAUUUGAAAGUGAUGUUAUGUCACUAGAGCUACAGAAUGAUUUCCGGGAGAACAACUUAGAGGGUGAUCCUACAUGCGUUUAUAAUGCGGCGCAGGCACUACGUACUGUACAACAGCUGUAUGGCAUCAUACCGCGAGUUUUUGGAAAAGGCUUCGCUGCCAAACAGGUUUGGGACCUAUUAUGUCGUCUCAACAAAGAGGACCAAAGUACGUCGCUGAAGGGCUCGUCUACAUCUUGCAUUGACCACCUACUACUUCUAGACCGCGCCGUCGACUUUGCUAGUGUUAUGACAACUCAACUUACGUACGAAGGUCUUAUAGAUGAAUUAUUUGGGAUAAAAAGUUCUACGGCAACAUUUCCUGGACACAAGUUCGUGAGCGCAGACGACGCAAGCCCCGAGGUAACCGCGCGAGAGAAGAAACGCAUUAUACUGAAUUCAAGUGAAGAGUUGUACGCAGAACUACGCGACAGUACCUUCACUGAGGUAGGCGCGGCGUUAUCGAAAAGAGCACGAAUAAUAAAGACACAACUGGGUGAGCGGCACAACGACAAAUCAGUACAAGAGAUCAAACAGUUUGUCUCCCGCCUGCCGCAGAUGUUGGCCAACAAACAGUCAUUGGCCACUCAUACUGCCAUUGCGGAGUAUAUCAAAGAGACAACAGACACAUUCGAGUUCCAUGACAUAAUACAAUGUGAAGAAGAGUUUCUAAAUUGUAUCGAUAAUGAUAAAGUAUGUCCAUUCAUUGAAGAUCUCAUUGCACAAAAAGAACCUAUUACAAAGGUGUUACGACUAAUAUGCCUGCAAUGCGUCACCGGAUCCGGUCUGAAGCCAAAAGUACUAGAGUAUUAUAAACGCGAGCUGGUACAAGUUUACGGAAUGAAAACAUGGCUCACACUAUGCAACUUAGAGAAAUGUGGUCUGCUCAAACCCCAAGUAGGGACGAGGCAAUAUGUCGUCUUGAGGAAGGCCUUACACCUAACAAUGGACGAGUCAGAACUAAAUGGAAAAGACAAAAGCUAUCUUUCAUGCAAAUAUACGCCGCUGACGGUACGCCUCAGUGAACAUAUAGCCAAGAAUAAGGGUUGGUCUGGUAUUCAAGAAAUACUGGGAUUACUUCCCGGACCUACAGUGGACGAAUUACAAACGUUACAACCUCGUAUGAUACGCCGCAACUCGAUCUCUAGUGAAAAUUCGUCGACUGAAAAUCCUAAAGUAAUAUUAGUUUUCUUUAUUGGUGGCUGUACUUACCAGGAGAUAUCAGCUCUAAGAACAAUUAGCCAACAGGAAGAUUCAAAUGUAGAAUUUGUUAUACUUACUACAAAGUUGCUCAGUGGUACAACAUUUAUUGAGUCAUUAAUGGAAGCAGAAUAAAUUUUGUUUUAAUAUAUCUGUUAAAUGUAAUAAAAAAAAUUUUGUGUCAGUGUUUGUAAGAAAAUACCAACGAAACGGCUUGAUCAAUUUUUAUAAAAUUUUGUGUGUAUAUUCAGUAUGUUUGAGAAUAAAAGAUACAUACAACCUUAAACUUUAACCCUUUUAUAUUAUUUUAAUAACUUUCUACUCUCAGAUCAAUAACUGAUUAAUUUAUAUAACAAAACAAUGUUUGCCGGGUCUUAGUCAUGUCAGGAAAUAAA